AUGAAGGCAUACUGGUUUGACAAUCUCCCCGGCGACCAACGCCUCGCCCACGACUCCGGCCGCACCGUCUCGCCCGAAUACCUCUCCAAACUCGGCAUCCUGCACUACCACUUCCCCAGCGACCUCUCGAGCGUCAACGCCAUCGCCGAAUCGCGCGCCUACAAAAACCGCGACGAGAUCGAAAUCAGCCCCACCACGCUCCCCAACUACGAAGAGAAAGUCAAAAACUUCUUCCACGAGCACCUGCACGAAGAUGAGGAGAUCCGGUAUAUUCUGGAUGGAGGCGGGUAUUUCGAUGUGAGGAGUGAGGGGGAUGAUUGGGUGAGGAUUCGGCUGGAGAAGGGUGAUUUGAUGAUUAUGCCGGCGGGGAUUUAUCAUCGGUUUACGACGGACGAGAAGAAUUAUACCAAGGCGAUGCGCCUGUUCAAGGAGGACCCCAAGUGGACUCCGCUGAACCGAGGCGAGGAGACGGACGAGAACCCAUACAGGAAGGAUUAUUUGAAGCAUCGCGAGAGCUUGGCUGCGGCUUAG